AUGGGUUCAACUAUGUUCAUCGAGCUGCACGCUUUCUCCGCUGGUUCUCAUAUUCGCGGGACUCAUAUCGAAGCAUCGCUCAUCGGACUGAAAAGGCAUGCAUUAACUAAUCGAUAUAAAAUGCAAACAUCUAUCAACUGCGCGAGGAAUUCUGACAAGUCUUAUCACGAACAACAUAAGGUGGCGAAUCUUAUUCUUCCUUACCCUAUCGAAAGAGAAGAGUUUUGCCUUUGCGUAUUCACCACUAAACACCACAUCUCUCAACAUCCUCAGCGUGGAGAUAGGCGUUCAGUCUUAAAUGACAGUCAGCCCGACAAAAAUCACAAGCAUCGACACUUAUAUUUUGACGAGGCAACGAUUACUGUUUCAGGUGGCCAGGGUGGAGAUGGUGAAGCCUGGCAAACUUCAAAGACAAAAACCGUGAAGAACUUCAAAUAUAAAUGGGGAACGAAUUCCCAAAAAUUCAUAGAGCUACCGGCAGCUGAGCCUGCAGAUGGUGGCCGGGGUGGAAACGUUUAUAUUCGCGUUGACCGCGCGUGUGACUCAUUGCUCCAUAUCCACAAGAGGAAGUUUUGGCGCGCCAAAAAAGGGUACCACGGAUCGUCAGCGCCACACUCCACCCCUGGGAGAGAACGGCCUCGGUUAGCGCUGACACAAGAGGACCUUUACAUCAGCGUGCCUGCCGGAACUGUGGUACGACGCAAGCGCAGCGGAGAACUUAUUGCUGAUUUGACAAGCCAUGGUAUGGCAAUAUUAGUGGCAGAGGGCGGUGCCGGCGGGAUCGCUGCACGACCGUCUCAGCAGAUGUAUUCACGCCGUCAAAAAAAGGAAAAGGAAGUCAGCGACGUUGGACUUGAAAUAUCACCACGCGUCACAACAAGCGGUGAACCCGGAGAAGUGGUGACGUUGCAGCUACUCAUGCGCGUGGUUGCGGAUAUUGGAAUCGUAGGCCUGCCAAAUGCUGGGAAGUCUUCUAUUCUGAAAGCCAUCACUCGUGCAACUCCGGAUAUCGCGAGCUAUCCCUUCACCACGUUGAUGCCAAAUCUUGGAGUCAUUCACUGCGAAAGGAUUGUUUCCGAAAAGCUCAUUGACAUUGACCACGAGACAUGUGCAUUACCUGUCAUCGCUGACCUUCCUGGACUCAUAAAGGGUGCACAUAAGGGAAGGGGCUUGGGACGUGCUUUUUUGCGACACCUCCGUCGAACGCGUGCCAUGCUCAUCGUAGUGGAUGCCUCGGGGCAGGAUCCCGUAUCUGACUAUACUACUAUCCGCGAGGAAUUGAGACUUUAUAACCCAGAAUAUAUUUUGCGACCACAUAUCUUGGCGCUUAACAAGAUAGAUUUUGAGUGGGCUGCUUUGCGAGUCCAAGAGAUCAAGGCAGAGGUUCAAUCUCUCGAAGAGAGUGCUGUUGGACCGGCACCGAUUGCGGUCCUUCCAGUGAGCGCGGUUUCCGGCUCUGGGAUGGACAUCCUUAUCUCAGAGUUGAUGGAAGCGAUGCGACUUUGUGACGAGGAGCUAUCUAUUGUGAGGGGCUCUGCUAUGGAUUCACGUGAUAAAUCAGAUAGCAUAUGA